CAUAGAGUACAACCUGCAUUAAUGUUGUGAUGUGACGUGGAGAGUAUACAUAUGUAUUUUUAUAAUUCUGUAAUAUUAAAUAAAAGUUAAAUAAUGAAUACGGCUUCGCUUCAUGGUAGUCUAAGUUACUACCUAUAUAGAAUUGCUCUGGGAAUAAUAUUCUGUGGCAUCUUACUCUCCCUGCCGGCACUGAGCGUCGGACAUAGUGAUAAUCCUAGUUUCAAAUAUUCAAGAGAGGCGAAUGAAAAUUUUGAUCCUAAAAAGGCACCAUCAGUGCACGACCACCAUCACCACCAUCACUCACAUGACCAUGACCAUGGACACAAGCACGACCAUAAUAAUUUUGCCCAGCACCACGCUGGACAUGAGCACCGCAAGGAUAGAGCUCCACUAGACAUGACUAGUAUAUGGCUACAUUCUAUUGGAUCCACUCUCCUUAUUAGUGCCGCUCCUUUCAUUUUGUUGUUUACUAUACGACUAGACAAUAGCGAGGCAAUGAAGCCUAGGCUUAAAGUUAUAUUGGCGUUUGCGUCUGGAGGUUUGUUGGGUGACGCGUUUCUACAUCUUAUUCCUCAUUCCACUCAUCCACAUACUCAUGAUGAAGGGCACGACCACCACUCUCACGAGGAAGUACACAGUCAUAGUCAUGAACACCAACACGAACACAACCAUGAACAUGGUCAUGAUAUGAGAGUUGGUCUAUGGGUACUUGGUGGAAUCAUAGCAUUUCUAGCUGUUGAGAAAUUAGUGAGAUUACUAAAAGGUAGUGAACAUGCCCACAUCCACUCAGCGCCAAAAGAAUCGAAGUCGAAACCAGCAAAAAAAUCGGAUGAGAAGACAGAAAGUAAGAAAUCGGUUAAAACAGAUGUGGGAAGCAAUGAGGUUAAAAUAACUGGAUACCUAAAUCUAGCGGCUGAUUUUGCCCAUAAUUUCACUGAUGGUUUAGCUAUUGGCGCAUCAUACUUAGCAGGCAAUAGUAUUGGAAUUGUAACAACAAUAACUAUUUUACUACACGAAGUUCCCCACGAAAUUGGUGAUUUCGCUAUAUUAAUUAAAUCUGGCUGUACUAAACGUCAGGCGAUGUUGUUACAAUUAGUAACUGCUCUCGGUGCCCUAGCUGGUACUGCACUAGCUUUACUUGGAGCCAGUGGGGACGAUGGUUCAACGGCAUGGGUAUUACCAUUCACUGCAGGUGGUUUUAUAUAUAUUGCUACUGUAAGUGUUCUACCCGAGUUGUUGGAGGAGUCCACAAAGUUGGGUCAAUCAAUUAAAGAGAUUGUAGCCAUGCUUAUUGGCGUAGGUUUGAUGGUAUUUAUAGCCAAGCUAGAGUAAAAAGUACAUUUGUAAAAUAAAUGCAGUUACUUAUCUAAUGGAAUUUUUCAUAAGCUCCUUUUACUUUUUAAGCAGAAUUUAGUAAUGUUAAAAAACAAAGAUGUAUAUAAAUUUAAUAAAGCCUUUAUAUAUAUUCAAAAAUA